UACCAUUCAGGACUGGAAACAGUCUGAAAGAUAUCAAUUUUACGCGUCAAGAAUAUGGGCAUCAGUGUUAGUCAGAGCACCGUUCUUGUGCAUUUUUAAGGGUAAACGCCUAUUCUCCUGAUUACAAUGUGGACAGUUCCAAAACCAAAAUACAGAAAUGCUUUGAGCGAGGAGGGGGACAUCACUGUGAACAUCGGCGGAGUGAGAGUGGUGCUUUUCGGGGACGAUCUGAAGCGCUACCCGGAGAGCAGGCUGGCGGAGCUGUCGAGCUGCUCAGCUCAAAACCCAGAACUUAUCGACACCCUGUGCGAUGACUUUGACCCGGGCAGGAAAGAGUUUUACUUUGAUCGGGAUCCCGAUUCUUUCAAGUGUAUCAUAGACGUGUAUUACUUCGAUGAAAUCCACAUAAAAAGCGGGAUUUGCCCCAUAUGCUUCAUCAAGGAGAUGGAGUUCUGGAAGAUAGACCAGAGUGUUUUGGAUGAGUGCUGUAAAAGUUACCUGAGCGAGAAGGAGGAAGAGCUGAAUGAGAUUGCAAACAAAGUGAAAUCGAUUUUGGAGGAUCUGGAUGUGGAUCAGUGCAUCACCCGCACGCAGAGAUGCCAGAGGGUCCUGUGGAGACUGAUGGAGAAGCCGGAUUCCUCGUUGCCGGCGCGCAUCAUCGCCAUCGGUUCCUUUCUCGCCAUCCUGGUGUCAGCCGUAGUGAUGUGUGUAAGCACUAUCCCGGAGCUGCAGGUGACGAACGCGGAGGGGAAGCUGGUGGAACACCCGACCAUGGAGGCGAUCGAGACCGUGUGCAUGCUGUGGUUCACGGCGGAGUUCGUGCUGCGCCUCGCCUCGUCCCCGAACAAAGUGCGCUUUGCGCUCUCCAUCAUGAACAUCAUAGACUUCAUGGCCAUCAUGCCUUUCUUCGUGGUCAUGUCCCUCACUUUGCUCGGUACCACGUCCAUGAUGGAGCUGGUGAACGUCCAGCAAGCUGUCCAGGCGCUGCGCAUCAUGCGCAUCGCGCGCAUUUUCAAGCUGGCACGCCACUCCUCCGGCCUGCAGACCCUGACCUAUGCGCUGAAGCGGAGCCUCAAGGAGCUGGGGCUGCUCCUCAUGUACAUGGGCGUGGGGAUCUUCGUGUUCUCGGCGCUGGCGUACACCAUGGAGCAAAGCCACCCGGAGACGCUCUUUAGGAGCAUCCCACAGUCUUUCUGGUGGGCCAUCAUCACCAUGACCACGGUGGGCUACGGGGACAUCUACCCCAAAACCACCCUGGGGAAGUGCAACGCGGCGGUCAGCUUUCUGUGCGGGGUGAUCGCCAUCGCGCUGCCCAUCCACCCGAUCAUCAACAACUUCGUUGUGUUCUACAACAAGCAGAAAGUGCUGGAGACCGCGGCGAAGCACGAAGUGGAGCUAAUGGAUCUGAAGUCUGGCGAGCAGGAGCGGAGAAAAAGUCAGGACUGAAAGCCAUCGAAAUCAGUAGGACCGCUGAAACCCCGUUAACUGUAAUCAGAGGUUGUAAAAAAUGACUAUGACAAUGUUUUACAAAAAGACUUUAAGGCUCACAAUGACUGGGGAAACUGCAGUAUAGUCUUUGUUGCCUUUCGCCUGCAUGUUUUGCUUUUUAUGGGCGACAUGUGAUGUGUGGCUUUUGUGUGAAGGCAUAAAUAAAUAAAAUAAAUUCAGACUUUAGAUGCACAAUAAACACAGGAAUGUCC